AUGGACGACAUUACACAAGAGCUUGGUGAGCUAUUUGCAGGCUCGGCGCCUGAUGGCCUCGCACAAGAUAUCCUUACUGAACUACAAUCAAUGCUCCGGCUCCAUGGCAUCACGCCGCAGGAGCUUUUCUACAAAUGGGAGUCGUACAGCAUGAAGAUGGGCGCAGAUGACACCAAAUUGGAUCUGAAUACAGUACGCGCAUUCAAAAGAGAUGUCCAGGAUUCAUUGGAACGUGAAACGCGAGGAAAGAACCAUCAAGUUCGAGGCAACGAGAAAAAACCUGGUGUUACGGCGACUCCUCGCGCUGGGAAGGCUGAUGUUUUUGGAAUGUUCGAUGAUUUGACCCCCGGAACCCCUCAAUCCCGUAUGAAUGGGUCGGCCAAACGCAAAUCAAACUUCGAGACACCAUCAGGACCCAAGAUAGGACGAACGGAAGGCAAUGGGACGCCUACAGGAAUAAAGACACCUUCUGCCAAUACCAAUGGCGUACAAAGCGUUGCUUUCGCAGAACGACAGAAUCCCGGUCAAGUUAUAGAAACUCUCAACGCCUACUUGGACCUUCCCAAAACACCUAUGGCACCAUUUCCUGAACCUCGAAUUCGACCAACAGCAAACACCGAUUUAAAAAAAUUCGGGUAUAAGCCGAUGUCAAUGCGGUUGAACGAGGCCUCAGAAAUUUUAGAUGAUCGACUGGACGAAUUCACGGAUUUGUUCGAGAAGCACUAUCCAGAUAUCACGUUUGGAAGUGCAGCAACGCAAAGUACAAGUGAGAUAGUGGCAGUUGGACGAAUCGCAUCAGACAGUCUCGAAGGCAAGCUAAACGUGGCAUCCCUCGUGUUGGAGACAUCAAGACGGACUGGAGCUGGUCUUCGAGUACCAUUGAAGGUUGAUGCGCUACCGUCAGUACAGUUCUUCCCUGGACAAGUUGUUGCACUCCGCGGAAUCAACGCCUCCGGAGAGUACUUUUCCGUCAAAGAGGUGCUGUCACUACCACUACUUCCCACGGCAGCUUCAUCGCCCUCGACACUAGACACCAUCAACGAAAGACUCGGGGGCGUCGAUGUUGAUCAACCACUGAACAUCUUCUAUGCCGCUGGUCCAUAUACCGCUGAUGACAACUUAGACUUUGAGCCUCUGCAAGAACUCUGCAAAAAAGCCGCUGAAGAAUAUGCAGAUGCGUUGUUGCUGUUAGGUCCGUUUAUAGACCUGGAACAUCCGCUUAUCGCAACGGGCGAUUUUGAUCUCCCAGAUAUUCCAGGACUGGACCCGGAAACUGCUACAUUGACGACGUUAUUCCGAUACUGCAUUUCAAAGCCACUUCAUCAGCUAUGUGCGGCUGUGCCUAGUAUUACAAUCAUGCUUAUGCCGUCCGUACGUGAUGCUGUCAGCAAGCAUGUGUCAUGGCCACAGGAACAAUUACCCAAAAAGGAGCUCGGUUUACCCAAACAGGCUCGCGUUGUCUCAAAUCCAGUGACACUAUCUCUUAACGAGACCGUAAUUGGAAUGUGCUCGCACGACGUGCUGUACGAUUUGCGAAAGGAAGAAGUCCUCGGCGGACGGCCAGCGGAAGCGAAUUUACUCACACGACUACCCAAGUAUAUCAUCGAACAACGACACUUUGCGCCCAUGUUCCCGCCUAGUUCUCGAGAUACAUUACCUAAAUCCGGUGGUCCGGAUAGUAUGUUACCCAUAGGCGGGAUGAUGGAUGUCAGUUAUUUGAAACUGGGAGAUUGGUGGAAUGUUCGGCCUGAUAUCCUGAUCACGCCUAGUAUGCUACCACCUUUUGUCAAGGUCGUCGAAAGUGUCCUCGUUAUCAACCCAGGAACCCUAUCCAAGCGCCGAGCAGCUGGAACUUAUGCCAACAUGGCUCUGUACCCUCGAACCAUAUCCGAUGAAGAGCGACAGGAGAAACAGCUCAGUCAUAAGGUAUUUGAGCGGGCUCGAGUUGAUAUCGCGCGCGUAUAA